AUGGACCCGCAGACGGGGCUGUCCAGGGCUCUCUUGCUCCUUCUGUUCCUGCACCUGAUGCCCCUAGGAGGCCAUUCGCACCCGCUGGGUGGCCCUAGCCCAGGCCCCCACUUGGAACUGUCCGGAGUCCAGGAGCUGCCGGACCAUCUUCCGGGCACAGUUUGGGAGCUGCAGGAGGAGCAGACCGCCCCGGAGCCCCUCCAGCAGGGACGCAGGUCUAAGGCAGCCGGGGAGGCCAGGCACGCAGCUUCUGCUGCCGGCCUCGGGCGCCGUGACAAUGUCCUCCACGGCCCCAAGAGGAUGCGUGACUCGGGCUGCUUCGGCGGGAGGAUGGACCGGAUCGGCUCCUCCACUGGCCUGGGCUGCAAUGUGCUGAAGAGGCAUUAG